GAAUGAAUUUAAAAUUUUAUUUCACACACACAUGAAUUCUUUUUCUUUGUAAAUGAAGCAAAUGCAUUCAAUACUGAUGAGUAAUUUAUUUUAUUUUUUUUAUUAUUAUUUUUUUUAUCUACAAACUCAAUAACAAAAUGUUAACGUCGUCUAUAACGCUGUUCCGACUUUCACUGCCGAUUCUAACCCUAACCCUAACGUUCUUUCGAUGGCGUCGUGUGACGACGAAUUCGUACUUAUCGGUGACGACAGCACCACCAACAGCCACCAAACAAACCAGCGUUUCCACCACCACCUCUCGACCACCGCGCAUUUAUUAGCUUCCAAGGCUCCUCCGUUUAACGCACUACCACCUCCAGGGGCAACACAUGAUGGUGUUCUACAAGCCAGUGGCGAGGGUUACAGUGAUCACGCGUUCGGUUCACAACCUAUGGUGGUGGUUACCUACGAAAAUGAAUCCGAUCCAAACAGAUCUGGGAUUAGCGCUGCAAGAAACGAAAAACGUAGCGACUGCGAAGAUCUCAGCGACGGAGGAACACCGUAUAGUUAUAAUAAGAAAUCGAAGGUUGCCGGUUCUUCUUCAGGAAACGGCGGAGAGUAUAGAAAGGAUAGAGAGGAGUGGAGUGACACUGCAAUCGCGUUCCUCUUAGAUGCUUAUCUGGAGAAGUUUAUGCAAUUGAACCGUGGAAAUUUGAGAGUCCGGGAUUGGGAAGAGGUAGCUGCGGUCGUGAGCGAGAGGUGCGAGAAUCAAUCGAAGAGCGUAGAACAGUGCAAGAACAAAGUAGAUAAUUUGAAAAAGAGGUAUAAGCUGGAGAGACACCGAGUUAUGAACAACAAUGGCGGAAACACCACAAGCCACUGGCCUUGGUAUCAGAAAAUGGAACAGAUUGUUGGAAAUUCAUUACCCUUGAAGCCUGCAUUGGAUGAAGACAAGUCUGUAGGAGGAAUCAAUAGCUCAGCUAGACAAUCCAAGAGAUAUACAACUGCAACUUCUAGCCCAAAUAAUCAUCAAAUCACUAACAUGGAGCCAAAAUCAGUCACAAAUCCAAGAUGGCGAAGAGUUGUAUUCAAAAUCAGUGGCUCUGCUUUCACUGGAACUGAUUCUCAAAACAUUGAUCCAAAGGUAGUAAUGCUAAUUGCUAGAGAAGUAUCAAUAGCUUGCCAUAUUGGUAUUGAGGUGGCAAUAGUUGUUGGUGGACGAAAUUUCUUUUGUGGUGACACAUGGGUAACAUCAAAUGGUCUUGAUAGAACUACUGCUUAUCAAAUUGGUAUGAUGGCAACUGUGAUGAACUCGAUUCUACUCCAAUCAACAUUAGAAAAAUUAGGCGUUGUGACACGUGUACAAUCAUCAUUUUGUAUGCCAGAAGUUUCUGAACCUUACAACAAACAAAGAGCAAUUCGACAUUUGGAAAAGGGUAGAGUUGUAAUUUUCGGUGGGAUUGGUGCUGGAACAGGGAAUCCACUUUUCUCUACUGACACAGCUGCAGCUCUUCGAGCAUCAGAAAUUCAUGCUGACGUGGUAAUUAAAGGUAGUAGCUUACAUGGCAUUUACGAUUGUGCCAUUGGUGAGAGUGAGUAUGAGCACAUUUCUUUUAGGGAGUUUGCUUCUAGAGGUGUGGCUUUAAUGGACAUGAUGGCUGUGACAUUUUGUCAAGAGAAUGGGAUUCCUGUUGUGAUGUUUAAUCUUGAUGAGGUUGGAAAUAUAUCAAGAGCGUUAUGUGGGGAACAUAUUGGUAUGUUAAUUGACUUAAAUGGAAGAGUUGGUUAAAUAUUGGUUUCAUUAGAGGUGGUGGUAGUUCUGUAAAUUACUUAGAUGUAGAGGGGCCUAAAAUGGCGUGUUGUUGUAGCAUUGUGUCACCAUUUUGGGGAAUGCAAUGAAAGAAUAGAAUCUAAUUUAAUGUUGAGAUGACAAAUUUGCCCA